AUGAGCUUGAGACCAGAUGAGAGCUCAGAGCUCGCAAAUGAUAAUCAUGCAGGAAGUAAUCAGAACCUACAGACCGAAACUGCAGAAACAGUACAAGAGCACGAGGAUUGGCAUACAAUGGGAAUGAAUGGGAAUAAGGACACAGGCGGGGAUGUAGGAGAGCGGGGAGAGGGGAAAGAGGAAGCGUCGAUCGGGACAGCAGCAACGACAUCAAGGGUGCUGGAAUAUUUGCAAGAAGCAAGGAAGGAAAGUGGAGGAUUAGAAUCAGCGAAUGUCUCUGUAUUCCACUCAUACAAGAAUUCUGAUGGGGAAGAGAUAGAACAAGAGGGUUCACAUACCGAUUCCCAAGAUUCACAUUUGCCUCACGCAACAAAUGGACGAAAUAGUCCUGCCCCGUCUUUCUCUAACCCUGACGAUACACCUUCGGUACAUGGUUCUGUGGCAUCUUCACGCACCAGUAGUGCAUUUGGAUCCAGAUUCUCACCCUCACCCUCACUACGACCGUUUGAUAGGAGAUUUCAAUCUCGCUUGCAACCUGGGACUCCGACGUUGUCUCAAUCACCUCGUGCUCUUUCACCAGCUCUUCUUAGUCCACAUUCGAGAUCCUCUUCAUCGGGUAGCCAAGCAGAGAAUAUUACUUUUGGAGCAUUGGAUGAAGGAUCAGCACCAUGGGAUGUUGUUCGGUGGACUAAGCUCAAAAAGAUCAAGAAUCAACUCUUUUCAGAAGCCGGAAAACGUAGUUUUGGUACCCCCACAUGUAUUACCGUUUCUGCAACUAUUGCUGUAGGAACUUCUAAGGGUAGCAUUUUAAUUUUCGACUAUAAUCAAACUCUUCAAUCUAUAAUAGGGCCUGGAACGCAAGCUGUCGAAUGUGGUCCUAUAACUGGCAUGGCUAUCUCUGCGGAUCAUACCACGAUUGCAGGAGGCCAUUCUUCUGGACAUAUUUUCACUUGGGAACUAUCUAAACCUAGUCAACCAUUCCUACAGAUCCCUCCACUGCCAUUAUCCCAACUUGAAAAUCGAAAAGCAGAUGGUCAUGUCGAAGGUGUCUCAGUGCUCCAUCUUGGAUUUCUCGGGACACGACACACGGCUUUAGUUUCUGGGGAUGAUAGAGGAAUGGGGUUUUCACAUUUGGCUACUAGGGGGUUAGGGAUAGUCAGAAGGGUGGUGAAAACAACUAGGAUUUUGGGGCGAUAUCCCCUGGAUAUUGCACCCACCGGGCGUCCUCGAAAGCCUAGUUCAGUCCUUGGGUUUUCCGCCCUACCCUUAGGAAACUCUCCACAAAAAACAGACACAAUGGGGCUUGUGGCCUUAUUAACACCCUAUCUUCUCGUCGUGGUUUCUACAACGCCCAUUGCUCAAACGCAACACAAAGCUGCAAGACCGAAGGAGGUUGCGGCCGAUUCUGCUCUUUCAGGCUGCCUAGCCUGGUAUCCUUUCACGAAACUAAAACAGGCUGCCAUAGCUCCGGAUGCAACACACCCAUCGUCGAAUGCACGAUUAGUAUAUAGCUGGUCGAAUGUUUUGACAUUAUUGGAGCUCUCAAUUGUUGAGUCCGAGGAAAAGGAGGAUCCAAAUCGUCCCCCUGUUUUAGAAUUCCGACCUAAAAGUCGAUUUCGGUGUGACGAAGCUAUUGUAGCCGUACAGUGGAUUAAUCGCCAGAUAAUCGCUGUCUUGACAGUUACGCAACGAUUAAUAAUACUGGAAGAUAUUGCAUUGCGGGUUACAGAAACAUUUGAUUUGAUGCCCAAGCAAAUUCUUCAUCUAGAUGCUUUCUCCACACAACUCGGGCCUUUAGUUGACCGAAUGGACGAUGAAAGCUCGAUGCAUCCACACGUAGCAGACGCCUUCUAUAAUAGUUUCAAAACCUAUAAAGGGAGAAUGUUUCUUCUGGGUCAGUACGAUUUGUUUGUUGGUGCGCUUUCUAACUGGGCUGAUCGACUUCUUGCAAUGAUGGAGGUCGGAGACUUUAUCGGCGCUAUUCGUCUUGCUACAACAUACUAUAUUGGAGAAACUACAAAGUUGACGAUUGGUUUGCCCGAGGAUUCUGGCUUGCGCCACCCAAUAGUGCGAGAAAGGCUUUUGGAGAUGAUGUCUGCUUCUUUGCGAUAUGCUUUUGGCAAAAACCGAAAGUCAUCGCAAACCGAGCCUUUAGGGAAUGAUCAAUUACAGGACCUUGCUACUGUUUGCUUUGAUGCUUGUUUGGCAAUGGGUGCUACAGACUUUUUGUUUGAAGAGGCCUUUGACCAUUUCGAACAAGGCUCUGUUCAGGGCAUUUUCCUUGAAACGCUCGAACCACACAUUCUAGAAGGUCGAAUCCGGUCUGUCCCUCCGACAGUUGUUAAGGCGCUUAUCAAACACUACACAUCCCUCGAACUGGAUAGUCGAUUAGAAGAAAUUAUUUGUCACAUGGACACAAGGACACUAGACAUUGACCAGGUCACAACCCUUUGCAAAAGACAUAAUCUCUAUGAUGCAAUGAUUUAUGUCUGGAAUCGGGCUCUCGGCGAUUACAUUACUCCUAUGAUAGAUCUUCUCUCUCUGUUAGCACCAUUACUAAGGAACGGCGUGGACGAAAACGAGGAUUCAAUUUACGCCGUUAAUGCACUUAAAAUAUUCCCUUACCUUUCCUAUACCCUUACUGGACGAGUUUAUCCUACCGGAGAAGAGCUUACUGAGCCCGAAGCUUCAAAUGCUAAAGCGGCUAUCUAUCAUUUCCUUUUCUUAGGAAAAGCAAUUAAAUGGCCAAAACAUAUGAAUAAACCAUUCCUUACAUCGCACAACUCUGCUAUUGAACCGUCUUACCCAUAUCUUCGACUUAUCCUUCAAUUUGAUGCAUCAAGUUUUCUAAGCGCCCUGAAUGAAGCAUUUGAGGAUCCCUUCUUGAACGAUUCGCCUAAGUCUCUGAGUAACAGCGGGAUAACAGGCUUAUCAGAAGAACGGAUAUUCUGCAUACAUUCAGUAGACCGACAAAGCAUCGUUCAAAUACUUUUAGAAGUCAUGAGCCCCACAGAUUUCCCUCCACAGGAUACAAUAUAUCUCGAUAUGUUCAUUGGGCGAAAUCUGCCGAAAUACACUCAAUUCAUACUUUUAUCAGGAAGUGCUUUGCGCCGUGUUAUUGUCGGUCUUUGUAACUACCCCGGAGAAGAUAUUGCCGAUGACUGUCAACUCAGCGUUGAGUACUUACUCACUGUAUACCAUCCCCCUGAUAUCGACGACCUUGUUGAGCUUUUUAUAAAUGCGAAGUUUUAUCGAGUCCUGAAGUCAAUAUUCCGCUCUGAGAAGCGCUACGCGAGACUGAUCAAAGCUUAUUUCGAAGACCAGGAAUCACAGGAAACGGUUUUUGAUUGCAUUGGAGACUAUCUACGACCUCACAGUGGUCUCAACGAACGCCAGUUUAAAGAGGUCCGAGUUGUCAUUGAGCAGAAUGCACGGCAACUGAUCGAUAUUGAUUGUAUUCGAACAGCACUUGUUGUCAAUACCUACGUUCCCGAGAUCCAUGGGGUUCUCCUUGACUCGAUUGAAGAUCGCACUCAUGAUCAGUUCCUGUACCUCCGUACGAUCCUUGAGCCACAGGACGUGAACGAAGACCAUGGCAACAAAAGGCCAGCAGCAAUGUCAAAUCUCUCAUUCGUAGAGAUAUAUAUUAGGUUAAUGUGCGAAUUCGAUCCCGAUCACUUGUCUGAUUUUGUCGGCGGGUUACAAUCAGGCGAUCUUCGCCUUGAGAAGGUCUUACCGGCGCUGGAGGAUAAUGGGGUUAUGGAUGCGGCGGUUUUAUUGAUGGCUAGAGAAGGUCAAAUUCGGAACGCUAUGAACCGAUUGAUAGCUCACUUUGACACGUUGGAGACAGCUUUGAGCGGUAUACUCAGCGCGACUGUACAUGUACAUGGGUCGCAGUCGGGUGCAGGCGCAGCAACAGAGACUCUACAAUCACUGCAGAAGUAUGCCCAAGUUGGUGUCUGGCUUUGUCGGGGUCAGAUGAAGACCGGAAAACGAAUGAUAAAGGCCUCUAGAGCAAAAAGGAGGUCAGAUGAAGAGCCUUUGAGUGCAGAGGAGAUUCUAUGGCUAGAUCUAGUGGAUGUUGUGGUACGCAUUGCAAAGAAUUGCACCUCAAUUCUGAACAGACCUUCUGCGGACGGGAUGAUAAGCCUUGAUAUUGAAGUCAAUGGCUCAGCCGAUCAUCGCUCAACUGAAAUCGAUAAAGGAAAAGUUAUACAAUCUCUUCGCUUGUUUGUCCAAGACACAUUUUCAGCGCUCCUGGCGGCCACAUCAAGCUCACAAACUGUAUCUUUUCUUCACAUUCUUAGAGCUUUCCUCUCCCGCGCUUCAAUGGCUUCACCUUCGCUCUCAGAACUUCGCAGCGUUCUUGGCGGCAUUUUCGAGGCAUAUUUAUAUGAGGAGCAGAUCUUAUCACUCGCGAAUCGAUUACUUGAAAAAGACCUAUUUGUUCAUGUUGAUGAGGCUGCCACAUUACGCCAGAAAGGAUGGCGCCCAAUAUCACAAACAUGUGAAGCCUGUGGUAAAAGAGUGUGGGCCAUGGUGCGGCGGGUGGUAUCUACACCGCUUGGGAGAAGCAGCGAGUAG